CUCCCUUACAGUCAAGAAAAUCCCAGAAAUUGAAAUCCCGGAAAAAAGAAAAGAUAAUCCCAUUUUUUGUUCUGGAAAAUGGUUGAUUUAGAUUGGAAAGCAAAGAUGGUUUCUUCCGAUAUUCCGAACAAAUCUGCGAAGCUGUCUAACAAGCUCCAAGUUUCGAUUCCGACGUCGUUUCGUUUCUCGAAUGUUUCGUCUCCGUUUUCGACUUCCGCUUCGGCUUCCUCGGAUUACGACUAUUAUCUUCGGCUACCGGAGCUUAGGAAGUUAUGGGAGACGAAGGAGUUUCCGGGUUGGCAAAACGAGUGCGUUUUGAAGCCAGCUUUGCACGCUUUGGAGAUCACGUUCCGGUUUAUUUCGAUUGUUUUGUCGGAUCCCAGGCCGUAUUCGAAUCGUCGGGAGUGGACGCGUAGGCUCGAGUCACUCACCACGAGUCAGAUCGAACUCAUCGCUUUGCUCUGUGAGGAUGAAAACGAGGAUAAAACCGCCGCGGGUACGGCGCCGAUCGUCGAUCUGACAUCGUCGAAUGGAGUUUUAGCUCGCGAGAGCAGCUCCACCGAGGUGUGGAAGAUUCACGGAGAAGCGACGGUGGUGAGCCGGACCAGCGAAGCCAGCUUGUUGCCUCGAUUAGCCACGUGGCAGAAAUCCAAAGACGUCGCGCAGAAAAUCCUCUACUCCAUCGAGUGCGAGAUGAGGCGGUGUCCGUACACUCUCGGUCUGGGAGAGCCGAACCUUUCCGGCAAACCGAACCUCGACUACGACGCCGUUUGCAGGCCGAACGAACUCCACGAGCUUAAAAAGAGUCCGUACGAUCACAUCGAGAACCACGAGAACGCGACGCUGUACACGACGCAUCAUAUUCUCGAAUCGUGGAUCCAAUCGGCGAAACAGGUGCUGAAACGCAUUGCUUCGAGGAUCGACGCCGAGAGCUUCGAAGCCGCCGCGAGCGACUGUUACCUGAUGGAAAAAAUCUGGAAGCUUCUGGCGGAAAUCGAAGAUCUCCACCUCCUGAUGGACCCCGACGAUUUCCUUCACCUGAAGAGCCAGUUACUGAUAAAGUCCGUCAGCGAGACGGAGGCGUUCUGUUUCCGAUCGAAGGGGUUGGUCGAAAUAACGAGAAUGUCCAAGGAGCUGAAACACAAGGUCCCGUUCAUCCUCGGCGUCGAAGUGGAUCCCAAGGGAGGUCCCAGGAUUCAAGAAGCUGCGAUGAGAUUGUACGCGGAGAAACAGGAGGGUAGUAAGGUCUUUUUGGUACAAGCCCUGCAAGCCAUCGAAGGAGCCUUGAAGCGGUUCUUUUACGGGUUCAAGCAAGUCCUGGUGGUAGUGAUGGGGAGUUUGGAAGCGAAAGGGAACCGAGUCGUGGCGAGCUCCGACAUGGGUGACUCGUUGAGUCAGAUCUUCUUGGAGCCUACUUACUUCCCCAGCCUGGAUGCGGCCAAGACUUUUUUGGGCGAGUUUUGGAGCCAUGAACAUGGUGGGUCUGGAUGGACUCGGUGGAGGAAGUGAUGACUCGGUACCAGUUCUUGGUUAAAGAGAUAAAUUACAGAAAAGAAAAACGAUUAACAGAAAAAGGAGAGGGUAAAGAUUAAUUAUUCUUUUGUAGUAUUAAAUGUUUGGGGGUCGAUUAUUGUUUGUAUACUGGUAAAUUUUUGUAAAAUGGAAAUCCCAUGUUUGCCCACUAAAUCCUUUCUCUAUCCACUUCUUUUAAUCCAAUUCUCUGCUGAAACCUGGAACAAUGGCAACCUGCAAAAAGGUUAUGACAGUGACAGGAUCCAUAGAUCGUUGGGUCGUGCAUGGCUUUGCCCCGCUGCCAACUUUGGCAUGUGAAAAUCGUCAGCGGACAGGACAUGGAAAACGAACUCCAUCGAACUGCUACAUGGGAUAACAGUUGGAAACAGGACACCAAUACUGUGGAAAAAUUUAUGAUUCUUGGUCCAGAUAUGAGCCUGGUUUUUCCCCAUUUGAGCUGCAUGUGAAAGUCAGUGUAUGCCAUGAACCACCAAGGAUCAGGAUAUGGGGACACAUACAUUUAAUCUUGUGCUUGAAUGCUGGUUUGUUGGGUGGUGGGCAAUUCUAGGCAUAGUUUCCACUGGCCCAAAUUAGAAAAAAAUUUAAUAUUUGAUGCAUCCUCGUGUUUAAAUUCUA